AGUUUCCAGGUCCAACGCCUCUUCUCCUCUCCUCCUCGCUUCCUUCUCACGCAACCUUCGAUCCACCGUAGCUAUGAAGAUCACCGCCUUGCUGGUUCUCAAGUGCGCUCCCGAAGCUUCUGAUCCCGUCAUCCUCGCCAACGCUUCCGACGUCUCUCACUUCGGUUAUUUCCAGCGAUCUAGCGUCAAGGAGUUCGUCGUCUUUGUCGGUCGCACUGUCGCCAGCCGAACCCCUCCUUCCCAGCGCCAGUCUGUCCAACACGAAGAGUACAAGGUUCACGCUUACAAUAGAAAUGGCCUUUGCGCGGUGGGGUUCAUGGAUGAUCAUUAUCCUGUUCGAAGUGCUUUUUCUCUUCUCAAUCAGGUCCUAGAUGAGUACCAGAAGAGUUUUGGUGAGGCAUGGAGGUCUGCAAAAGAAGACUCCAGUCAGCCUUGGCCAUACUUAACAGAAGCUUUAAACAAAUUUCAGGACCCAGCAGAGGCUGAUAAGCUGUUGAAAAUCCAGAGGGAGUUGGAUGAGACAAAAAUUAUCCUUCAUAAAACCAUUGAUAGUGUUCUAGCCCGUGGUGAGAAGCUGGACAGCCUAGUGGAGAAGAGCUCAGAUUUAAGCAUGGCAUCACAGAUGUUUUACAAGCAAGCGAAGAAAACAAAUUCAUGCUGUACUAUUCUGUGAGCUGCUGCUAUGGUCUAUGGAAGAGUCCUGGGUAUAUAGUCAACCAAACUUUUGCUGGGGGGAGACUGUUUUUCUAUCGUCUAUCUACUACUAUACAUAUAAUUCCGUCUGUAGUUUGCAUGCAUUAUUUGAUAUUCCAUAAGACUCGAGUCGUGUGGUGUGUUUAUCCAAAUACAUAAUCACUUCUGCAAGAUUUCAAUUGUGUUUGCCAGAUUAUCUGAUUGAAUUUGUGUGCGCUUCCUUAUGAAAAUAGAGAUGACUUUUGCAU